AUGAGUGCACCUCAUCAAAUUACGAAAACGUCUCCCUCUCCUCAUCCUCCACCACUGCAACCCCUUCCCCCCGUCCCAACUCUCUCCGUCCCGAUUCUCUUCUCCCCUUCCCUAAUCUCCCCGUCACUACACUUCCCGCCCCUAACAUCCUUGUCCCGACUUUCCCCGUCCCUAUUCUCCCCAUCCCUACACUCCCCGUCCCUACUCUCCCCGUCCCAAUUCUCUCCGUCCUUACACUCCCGUCCCUGCUCUCCCCGUCCCUACUAUCCCCUCCCUGCUCUCCCUGUCCCUACUAUCCCCGUCCCUACUUUCCCAGUUCCUACUCUCCCCGCCCCUACUCUUUCCGUCCCUAUUCUCCCCAUCCCUACACACCCCGUCCCUAUUCUCCCCGUCCCUACUUUCCCAGUUCCUACUCUCCCCGUCCCUACUCUCCCCGUCCCUACUAUCCCCGUCCCUACUCUCCCCGUCCCUACUCUUAACGUCCCUACUCUCCUCGUCCCUUCUCUCCCCAUCCCAAUCCUCUCCGUCCUUACACUAACAGUCCCUGCUCUCCCCGUCCCUACUAUCCCCGUCCCUACUUUCCAAGUUCCUACUCUCCCCGCUCCUACUCUUCCCGUCCCUAUUCUCCCCAUCCCUACACACCCCGUCCCUAUUCUCCCCGUUCCUUCUCUCCCUGUCCCUACUCUCCCCGUCCCUACUCUCCCCGUCCCUUCUCUCCCCGCCCCAAUUCCCUCCGUCCUUACACUCCCAGUCCCUACUCUCCCCGUCCCUACUAUCCCCGUCCCUACUCUCCCCAUCCCUACUCUCCCCGUCCCUUCUCUCCCCGUCCCAAUUCUCUCCGUCCUUACACUCCCAGUCCCUACUCUCCACGUCCUUACUAUCCCCGUCCCUACUCUCCCCGUCCCUACUCUCCCCGUCCCUACUCUCCCCGUCCCUACUCUUCCCGUCCCUAUUCUCCCCGUCCCUACACACCCCGUCCCUUCUCUCCCCGUCCCUACUCUCCCCGUCCCUACUCUCCCCGUCCCUACUCUCCCCGCCCGUUCUCUCCCCGUCCCAAUUCUCUCCGUCCUUACACUCCCAGUCCCUGCUGUCUCCGUCCCUACUCUCCCCGUCCCUACUCUCCCCGUCCCUAUUCUCUUCUCCCCGUCCCAACUCUCCCCGUCCCUACUCUCGUCGUGCAUACUUCCAUCGUCCCUAUUUCCUUCCGCCUGCCUAUUUCCCGUACCACCUCGCAUCACUCUGUGCCACCGCAGUCCCGCGCAUCCCUCCAUCAGUGGGGGCGGCCGCCAACAGUGCUCGCGCGUGAAUGCGCGCAUCUCACCCGCCUCGUCACACGCACACCUGCCGCUUCAGUUCCGCCCACGCGGCUGCAGGCGCGCUUGGCGGAAGGGCGGUGGGCGCACGCCAGGCGAGGCGCGCAGCACUGACGUGCACCGCGCGACGUCGCUGCCACCCUCUCUCCCCGGCAUCUCCCUCGCUCCCCACGUCCCCUUCCCUGCUUCCCCCCAUCCCCUUCCGUGCUUCCCCCAUCCCCUUCCCUGCUUCCCCCCAUCCCCUUCCGUGCUUCCCCCCGUCCCCUUCCGUGCUUCCCCUCAUCCCCUUCCGUGCUUCCCCCCAUCCCCUUCCGUGCUUCCCCCUGUCCCCUUCCGUGCUUCCCCCCAUCCCCUUCCCUGCUUCCCCCCAUCCCCUUCCGUGCUUCCCCUCAUCCCCUUCCGUGCUUCCCCCCAUCCCCUUCCGUGCUUCCCCCAUCCCCUUCCGUGCUUCCCCCCAUCCCCUUCCGUGCUUCCCCCCAUCCCCUUCCGUGCUUCCCCCCCAUCCCCUUCCCUGCUUCCCCCCAUCCCCUUCCGUGCUUCCCCCAAUCCCCUUCCGUGCUUCCCCCCAUCCCCUUCCGUGCUUCCCCUCAUCCCCUUCCGUGCUUCCCCCCAUCCCCUUCCGUGCUUCCCCCCAUCCCCUUCCGUGCUUCCCCCCGUCCCCUUCCGUGCUUCCCCCCAUCCCCUUCCCUGCUUCCCCCCAUCCCCUUCCGUGCAUCCCCCCAUCCCCUUCCGUGCUUCCCCUCAUCCCCUUCCGUGCUUCCCCCCAUCCCCUUCCGUGCUUCCCCCCAUCCCCUUCCGUGCUUCCCCCUGUCCCCUUCCGUGCUUCCCCCCAUCCCCUUCCGUGCUUCCCCCCAUCCCCUUCCGUGCUUCCCCCCGUCCCCUUCCGUGCUUCCCCUCAUCCCCUUCCGUGCUUCCCCCCAUCCCCUUCCGUGCUUCCCCUCAUCCCCUUCCGUGCUUCCCCCCAUCCCCUUCCGUGCUUCCCCCCAUCCCCUUCCCUGCUUCCCCCCGUCCCCUUCCGUGCUUCUCCCCAUCCCCUUCCCUGCUUCCCCCCAUCCCCUUCCGUGCUUCCCCUCAUCCCCUUCCGUGCUUCCCCCCAUCCCCUUCCGUGCUUCCCCUCAUCCCCUUCCGUGCUUCCCCUCAUCCCCUUCCGUGCUUCCCCCCAUCCCCUUCCGUGCUUCCCCCAAUCCCCUUCCGUGCUUCCCCUCAUCCCCUUCCGUGCUUCCCCCCAUCCCCUUCCCUGCUUCCCCCCAUCCCCUUCCGUGCUUCCCCCCAUCCCCUUCCGUGCUUCCCCCCGUCCCCUUCCGUGCUUCCCCCCAUCCCCUUCCGUGCUUCCCCCAUCCCCUUCCGUGCUUCCCCCCGUCCCCUUCCGUGCUUCCCCCCAUCCCCUUCCCUGCUUCCCCUCAUCCCCUUCCGUGCUUCCCCCCAUCCCCUUCCGUGCUUCCCCUCAUCCCCUUCCGUGCUUCCCCCCAUCCCCUUCCGUGCUUCCCCCCAUCCCCUUCCCUGCUUCCCCCCGUCCCCUUCCGUGCUUCUCCCCAUCCCCUUCCCUGCUUCCCCCCAUCCCCUUCCGUGCUUCCCCUCAUCCCCUUCCGUGCUUCCCCCCAUCCCCUUCCGUGCUUCCCCUCAUCCCCUUCCGUGCUUCCCCUCAUCCCCUUCCGUGCUUCCCCCCAUCCCCUUCCGUGCUUCCCCCAAUCCCCUUCCGUGCUUCCCCUCAUCCCCUUCCGUGCUUCCCCCCAUCCCCUUCCCUGCUUCCCCCCAUCCCCUUCCGUGCUUCCCCCCAUCCCCUUCCGUGCUUCCCCCCGUCCCCUUCCGUGCUUCCCCCCAUCCCCUUCCGUGCUUCCCCCCAUCCCCUUCCGUGCUUCCCCCCGUCCCCUUCCGUGCUUCCCCCCGUCCCCUUCCCUGCUUCCCCCCAUCCCCUUCCGUGCUUCCCCCCGUCCCCUUCCGUGCUUCCCCCCAUCCCCUUCCGUGCUUCCCCUCAUCCCCUUCCGUGCUUCCCCCCAUCCCCUUCCGUGCUUCCCCUCAUCCCCUUCCGUGCUUCCCCUCAUCCCCUUCCGUGCUUCCCCCCAUCCCCUUCCGUGCUUCCCCCAAUCCCCUUCCGUGCUUCCCCUCAUCCCCUUCCGUGCUUCCCCCCAUCCCCUUCCGUGCUUCCCCCCCAUCCCCUUCCCUGCUUCCCCCCAUCCCCUUCCGUGCUUCCCCCCAUCCCCUUCCCUGCUUCCCCCCAUCCCCUUCCCUGCUUCCCCCCAUCCCCUCCCUGCUUCCUCCAUCCUCUCGCACUCUCACUCUCCUUCCCCCACCCUCUGCCCUGUUCCCACCUAGCUUCCCCCCAUCCCUGCCUUUUCCUCCCACCCUCCUUCCCCCACUCUCCUUCCUCCUGCACUCUCUCCCUCCGUCCUCUCGCACUCUCACUCUCCUGCACCCUCUGCCCUGUUCCCACGUGCCCUCCCCAUCCCUGCGUUUUCCCUUCCCUCCCCCAGCCGUUCACAACCCUUCCCUUCCUUUUCAUGCCCUACCCUUCCCCCUCACUCCUCACCUUCCACCCUCUAAUGCCCAUGCAUGCUUGCUCACUCUCUUACAGGUGCCCAGCACCAGAUGUGGCUUUACCACAGCCUGGUUUAUUGCUUGCAGUGUAGCAGACAAAACCGGGAAGCAACAUUAG